UAGAAAAAAAUAUGUGCAAUGUCAAAAUUUGUUUUCGAUAGUAUGCUACCAAAGUAUCCACAGUUCCAACCAUUUAUAAAUUCACAUUUAACUACAACAUCACAAAAUUCAUCAUCAGCAGCUGUAGCAGCCGCCUUAGCCGCAGCCGCCGCUUCUUCUUCCUCAAUUGUUGCUAAUAGCAAUUUGAACAACAACAACAACAACGGUCUGCACUCAUCGACCCACAACUUAACAGCAGGUACGCAAUCGUUAUCCUUAUCACCGACUUCAAGCUCAACAGCAGCUUUAAACAUCAAUAGUAAUAAUCUAAAUCAAUCAUCAAAUUCACCAGUUUCCUCAUCUUCACCAUCAUCAACAACAUUUGGUUCGCUCACACAGCAAUUGCAUCACCAACAUCAGUUGCAUCAACAACAACAGCAACAUCAGUAUUCGCUGUCGGCUGCAUUGCAAUUACAGCAACAACAGCAACAGUUACAUAUUAAUAAAUUAGCUGCAGCUGCAGCGGCUGUAAGUUCACACAACAACGGUAACAACGGUGUAGGAGUACAACAACAACAGUUACUAUUAACACCCCCAUCAGGUGCUAACUCACAUACCGGUGACAGUAGUUGCUCACCAUCUCCGUCGGCUUCGUCAUCUUUGCAUCGCAGCAUCAACGACAACUCACCCACCUCAGCAUCGGCCGCUAGUUCCAUAGCUGCCGCAGCUUCAUCUUCGUUUGCCAUACCCACAAGUAAAAUGUAUCCGUACGUGUCAAAUCAUCCCACUUCUCAUGGUGGUCUCUCAGGCAUGCCUGGCUUCACUGGACUGGAGGACAAGUCGUGCAGUAGGUACACAGACAGCGUCAUGAACAGUUAUCAAUCGAUGAGUGUACCUGGUUCAGCUUCCAGUUUUGCGCAAUUUUAUCAACACGCUGCUUCGGCAGUAUCUGCAGCAUCAGCUGGAGCUAUCGGCGUUGACUCAUUGGGAAAUGCUUGCACGCAACCCUCAUCAGGUGUUGUGCCAACUGCAGGUGCCGGUCAAACUAUUGCAGAUUUGCCUAGAUACCCAUGGAUGACAUUGACAGACUGGAUGGGAAGUCCUUUUGAACGCGUUGUCUGUGGCGAUUUUAAUGGUCCGAAUGGUUGCCCACGUCGUCGCGGACGUCAAACAUACACACGCUUCCAAACGCUUGAGCUGGAAAAGGAAUUCCACUUCAACCAUUACUUAACCCGGCGGCGAAGAAUCGAAAUCGCACAUGCACUCUGUUUGACAGAACGUCAAAUAAAAAUUUGGUUUCAAAAUCGUCGCAUGAAACUGAAGAAGGAGUUACGUGCAGUCAAAGAAAUAAAUGAGCAGGCACGUCGUGAUCGUGAAGAACAAGAAAAAAUGAAAGCUCAAGAAUCUAUGAAAUCCGCCCAACAAAAUGCUAAUAAGCAAGCGCAACAACAACAGCAACAACAACAACAGCAGCAACAACACCAGCAGCAGCAACAACAGGAUCAUCACUCCAUCAUCUCACACAAUCCAGGACAUUUGCACCAUUCUGUGGUAGGCCAAAAUGAUUUAAAACUAGGUUUAGGAAUGGGAGUCGGUCCGGUAAUCGGCAGUAACUUGGGUAUGAUGAGUGGACUGGAUAAGAGCAAUCACGACUUAUUAAAAGUCGUUAGUAAAGUAAACUCAUAAAUUUAUAAAUUUUUUGAUAAUCUAAAGGAAAAAUUAAAAAAAAAACUUAAAGAAGU